GCCAAAUGCAAAAGGUCAUUACAAGUCCUGAGGGAACACGCAAAGAACUCUACAUGCCCAUACGGUUUACAAUACAGGCUGAGACCACAUAUACCUGUUGUACAGUUCGACAGAGAAUUUCAGACCAACUUGGACCAGAACGGUCGCCUAGCCAAUGCAGAACUAUUAAUGCUGAAGAUAAAACAGCAGAAAAAGAACUUACAUGUCCAUGUAACAGCUAACAAUGAGGCUAUCCAGGCCCAACAGCAGUUACUACAAGACCUGUAUCCACACUUGUCAGCAGAGUUCCUAGGCAACCAGAAACUUUGCUGCCAACAGAAGGGGUGACGAAUGGUCUUUACAAGCAUUCGCGAGCAUGCUGAGCACUGAGAUUUUUUUGCGAGCACGAGCAGAGAUAAAAAAUUAAUUUUCCUUUGCGAGUAGCAAGCAGUUUAGAGAGUACAACUCGCGAGCAGCAAGCACUUCUUAUACUUUCUGCUUUCAGUAAUCCAUAUGGAAAUCCUUUUCUUUAAAAUAAAACAGAAAAUAUUUUAAAACAGGGUUUUAAUUUAGAGUGCAACAAGUCCUUUGAAGCUAGUUUGAGUGACACCUUAUCGAGGUCUAACCAAUGACAUCACAUUUUCGCUUCACUUCAUCACGCACGUGUUUGUACAGAUUAGAAAGCAAAGGUCAUGAGAAGAACAACCAUGUAUAACCAUAUAAGCUAGAUUAGCUAAUUUAUUAUUUUUUUAUCAUUGUCAUUUAUCGUGUGCAUUUCCACUGAACUUGAUAGCCAUAUUUAUAGGAAAUAAGCACCAUACAGAAUUACAUUUACUUUAACCCAAACAAGGAUUUACAAAAUUUCGAGCAAUAUACUGACAAGAAAGUGAGCUUGCGAGCAACUGCAAAAAUUUGGGGAGCACAAGCAAGCGAGCACUCGUUUAAAUUUUGCAAGCAGUUAAAAAUUUUCAUGGACCAUUUAUCACCCCUAACAGAACCAGAUCCAGGUCCAGGAUGUAGAAAACUAGCUACCUAAGAAAGUUCAGCAAAUUUGUAAUCUCGCCUCCAUGCAAGCUCAACUAUCUGAGCUACAGAAAAUGUUUUGUAAAGACAGUGAAGCAGUCAAU